AUGGCUAGCAUCGUUAUGCCGGAAGAAUCAUAUUCAUGCACUAUUUGCGGUGACAAAUCUAAAGGCUAUCAUUUCGAUGCCAUAACAUGCGAGUCGUGUAAAUCCUUUUUUCGCAGAAAUGCACUAAAUGUGGAUAAAUUCAAGUGUUAUUUGGGCGGAAAUUGUGUGAUAAAUAUUAAAUCGAGAACUGAAUGUAGAAAAUGUCGUUUAGAUAAGUGUUUUGCAGUCGGAAUGAAAACUAAUUUGUUUUAUUCGACAAAAGUGUUACAAAUAAGAAGAAAUGUCAUUAAAAAUAACCAAAAUUUUACUAAUAACUCGUCGAUGAAUAGCGAGUCAAUAGUGGACUCGACUCCCGGUUUAUGUUCCCCGCAAUCGGUGUCCGAUUUUAUUGACAAUAUGUUUAGUGAAGUGAGUCUAUCAUCGGAAAUGUCGGACAAUUCAUGUGAAACAAAUACAUGUGAAUUGAGUCAAUCAGUUGUGCCGAUUGUGCGACCGAUCAGUGAUUACAGCAAUACUUUCAAUGAAUUAGAAGGCAAUCGAUUGACUGAAUUGUUGUCUGCAUUGAAAUAUACAGCAAAUCCUGUGGUCAAUGCCGUCGACUAUUUAACACUGGAUUGUGUCAAUACAGCCCGUGAUAUUUCGUUUAACCGAUGGGAAAAUCAGGUCAAACUAUUAACGGCAAUAGUACUCUUCAAUCCGAACCGUCCAAACCUUAUUAACAAACAUAUGAUAAAAUUACAACAGAAUAUUUACAUUUAUUUAUUACAACGAUAUUUACACAUGAAAUGCGGUUCAGAGUUUUUAGCUCGUGGUAAACUUCACCGACUAGUCGAUAAUCUAACAUAUUUGAAUGUCAUAAACACAACAAUAGCCUAUUAUAGUCUCUACGGACCAGAUAUUAUACCAGGUACCAAAUACCCGUUAACCAUAGUUUGCGGCGAUAAAUCUAAAGGUCGUCAUUUUGAUGCCAUCACAUGUCAGUCGUGUAAAUGCUUUUUCCGCAGAUAUGCACUCAAAAAAGUGGAUCAUUUUAAGUGUCAUUUGGGCGGCAAUUGUGUGCUAAAUAUGAUGACAAGAACUGAAUGCAAGAAAUGCCGUCUAGAUAAGUGUUUUGCAGUCGGAAUGAAAACUACUUUGUUUUAUUCGGAACAAGAAUUGCAAUUCAGAAGAGAUAUCAUUAAAAACUAUAGAAAACGUAAACUAAAUGAAAACUCGUCGAUAAAUAGCGACACAAUAGAGGACUCGACUCCCGUGAUACCUAUAAUGAGACCAAUCAGUGAUUACAGCAAUACUUUCAAUGAAUUAGAAGGCAAUCGAUUGACUGAAUUGUUGGACGCAUUGAAAUAUGUGUCAAAUCCUAAGACCAAAUCAAAUAAUAGUGUUUAUAACGUAAAACUGGAUCUAUACCGACCAAAUGAUUAUGCUUAUAGCAAUCAACUAAAGUUUUUGGGUAAUAUCGGUCUCGACUGGGAUUCCGAUACACUUAUCAUUGAUUUGUUAACGGCGAUAAUCCUUUUCAAUCCAAACCGUCCAAACCUUUUAAACAAAAAUAUGAUUAAAUUACAACAAAACAUUUUCAUUCAUUUAUUGCAACGAUAUUUGCAAAUGAAAUGUGGGUCCAAGUUAUUAGCUGAUGGUAGAGUGGACAGAUUAGUGGAUAAUUUGAAAUAUUUGAAUCAAAUCAAUACAGGAAUAACGGAUCACAUCUACAUUAAAGAGUUCGACAUUAGCGCCAAAUACCCCGUGUUUAGGGAGAUAUGCGAUAGGAGUGAGAUUGACAUCACCACUAUUGCCAAAGCUACAGUAAACAUGGCUGAUGCAAGCCAUCAUUUCGAUGCCAUAACAUGUGAAUCGUGUAAAUCAUUUUUUCGUAGAAAUGCACUCAAAAUUCCGGAUCAUUUUAAGUGCUAUUUAGGCAACGAUUGUGUGAUAAAUAUUGAGACGAGAAAUAAAUGUAAAAAAUGUCGUUUAGAUAAGUGUUUUGCCGCCGGAAUGAAAACUCGAGUCAAUAGUAGACUCGACUCCUGGUUUAUGUUCGCCGCAAUCGUGAGUCUAUCGCCGGAAAUGUCGGACAAUGCAUAUGAAUUGAGUCAAUCAGUUGUGCCAAUUGUGCGACCGAUCAGUGAUUACAGCAAUACUUUCAAUGAAUUAGAAGGCAAUCGAUUGACUGAAUUGUUGAACGCAUUGAAAUAUACAGCCAAUCCUGUGGCCAAUGCCGUCGACUAUAUAACACUGGAUUGUGUAGAAAGAGCGAUGGAUAUACUCUAUGUAAAAUGGGAAACUCAAUUCAAACAUUUAACUGCGAUAACACUUUUCAAUCCCAACCGUCCGAACCUUAUUAACAAACACAUGAUUAAAUUACAACAGAAUAUCGUCGGCCCUAACGGUCACCCUACCGCCUCGCGGAGACCACAGCGCAGACCGGAGUUAAUAGCGGUCAACAGUUCCGGUGUGAGCGACCACUCUUCAUACGACCGGAUCGUCGGUUCCGGUGAUAUAGUCUUGAAGCGAAUGGUCUCCGGAUUGAUGGCCACAUUUCUGGCCGACAGCCUCUCCAUCAGCGCAUCCCUCACAUGCGGGAACAGUACGAGUGUCUGUGCCUUCGGUGACACCCGAUGGCCGAUCGUAUGGACGCAAUAG